CCCACCCCUAGACACACUCGCAUUUCUCAUUUCUUACUUCUAGUCUAAAUUAGAUAGCAAGGCGUAGGGUCGGAGCUCACAGAUCACGUAGAAUUAGUUUCCAGCAUUAGCGCUUAGUUCAACAGUAAAAUCCGAGAUUCAACAUGGAGUCCCCGCCAGAUCCAGCGAGCGAUCCGGGCAACAGCGCCUCGGAGCCGGCUACCCCGGUCAGGGAAACCCCGGUAAACCUGGAGACGCUCCGGAAAGCGGACCAUCCAGCCCCGGUUCGAAGACAGACCUGCUCCAGCACCAACAGAGGUAUCUCAGUAACAAAGAAGACACACACCUCUCAAAUCGAAAUAAUUCCCUGCAAGAUCUGUGGAGACAAAUCAUCAGGCAUCCAUUACGGUGUGAUAACAUGUGAAGGCUGUAAGGGCUUCUUCAGGAGGAGUCAGCAGAGCAAUGCAGCCUACUCCUGCCCCCGUCAGAAGAACUGCCUGAUCGACCGCACCAGCCGCAACCGCUGCCAGCACUGCCGGCUGCAGAAGUGCCUGGUGGUGGGCAUGUCACGGGAUGCGGUGAAGUUUGGCCGCAUGUCGAAGAAGCAGCGGGACAGCCUGUACGCUGAGGUCCAGAAGCACCGGCUGCAGCAGCAACAGCGUGAACACCAACAACAGCCUGGCGAGGCGGAGCCACUCACACCUAGCUACGGCCUCUCAGCCAAUGGCCUCACGGAGCUCCAUGACGACCUCAGCGGCUACAUGGACGGUCACACCCCCGAUGGCAGCAAACCAGACUCUGCGGUCAGCAGCUUCUACCUGGACAUCCAGCCGUCCCCUGACCAGUCAGGCCUGGACAUCAACGGCAUCAAGCCGGAGCCCAUCUGCGACUUCGCCCCCGGCUCUGGCUUCUUCCCUUACUGCUCCUUCACCAACGGAGAAACAUCCCCCACCGUGUCCAUGGCUGAACUAGAGCACCUGGCCCAGAACAUCUCCAAGUCACACAUGGAGACAUGUCAGUACCUGAGGGAGGAGCUGCAGCAGAUGACCUGGCAGGCCUUCCUGCAGGAGGAGGUGGAGAGCUACCAGAGCAAGCCCCGGGAAGUCAUGUGGCAGCUGUGUGCUAUCAAAAUAACAGAGGCCAUUCAGUAUGUGGUGGAGUUCGCCAAGCGCAUCGACGGCUUCAUGGAGCUGUGUCAGAACGAUCAGAUAGUGCUGCUGAAAGCAGGCUCUUUGGAAGUCGUGUUUGUCAGAAUGUGCCGUGCCUUUGACUCGCAAAACAACACCGUCUAUUUUGAUGGAAAAUAUGCCGGACCUGAUGUGUUCAAGUCAUUAGGCUGUGACGACUUGAUCAGCUCCGUCUUCGAGUUUGGGAAAAACUUGUGUUCUAUGCACCUGUCUGAGGAUGAGAUCGCCCUGUUCUCCGCCUUUGUGUUGAUGUCUGCUGAUCGGUCCUGGCUCCAGGAGAAAGUAAAGGUGGAGAAACUCCAGCAGAAGAUCCAACUGGCCCUCCAGCAUGUCCUGCAGAAGAACCACAGAGAGGACGGAAUUCUUACAAAGUUGAUAUGCAAAGUGUCGACACUGCGAGCGCUGUGCAGUAGGCAUACAGAGAAGCUCACGGCUUUCAAAGCAAUAUACCCAGACAUUGUGCGUGCCCACUUCCCCCCCUUAUACAAGGAGUUGUUCGGAUCAGACUUUGAGCAGUCCAUGCCCGUUGACGGGUAGCAGCCCUGCCAGGUGCCAGUGUGCCCACCGUAGGGGAAUGUGGAGGAGGAAUCUGAGACACUUUAUUGGUGCCCUGCACAAACCAGAGUGGACAGACGGCACGCUGUUCAACGUCUUCUUGUACAUUGGAGGGGAGGGCUUUUAGGGAGUUGAUUCUCAAGGUUUACUUUAUUGAAUUUUGUUCUCUGUGGAAGACUACAGUUGGACCCGACACCCCGUGGGACAUGAAGAGGAGAUGGGCACAAAUAAGUUUUGUCUGGUUGAAUUUGACCUUUGUAUGCACAUUUCUAACAUGGAACUCAAGACCCCUUCAUUUCCACCAAUAUUUAUUGCAUUACAAUUGUGAAUCUGACUUGUAAUCAUAGAAGCAAUCUAGGAGCCACUAUUGACGCUAAAACAGCUGAAGACAUCUCAAACAGAGACGAAGGUUAACGAUUCAACAUCAGUUUUAUUUUUCAGAUCACACUCCCACAACUGCUUCAGAAUCUGUUCUUUCUCUUUUCAUCCUUGAACACAUCCCUGACAAAUGCGCACACUUGGGUCAAGUUCAGCCGUGUUUCUCUUGUGUUGAGUUGUGUCUUUUUUGAACGCAGUGCUUGGAAUGAAAUCUCACAGCAACUUUAGGGGGAGGCUCCGUCGGCAUGGUGAUGCAAUCGGCAACUCUCUAUGGACAAUCGUUUAAAAAAGAAAAAAAAAAGAGAAACAUAGAAUUCUGGUAAUUCUAAUGAAACCACAAUGAUUUUAGCUGUCAAAGACUCCAUCCACCAUUGUUGCAUAGUGAAAUCAUGUAAGGCCAUCUGCUAUUAAUCCUUCUCUGGACAGGUGCCCUGGAGAAGCGAGGGGCACCAACACAAUGAAAAGGGUCCAUUCCACCUGUUUUAUAAUGUACUACAGGGUAUAUGGUCAUAAGUACUUACUAUACAGAAAAAAGUAAUGUUUAUAGAAUCUAUUUUAAAUAACAUGUAUGAUAUUAGUAGUUAGACCAUUCUUAAUUGUUGAAUUGAUAAGGCACUUUUAUUUACACCUUUCUUUAAUUUAAGACGUGUAUAUUUACCUAGUGAUGUGUUGCAUGUGCACAAGAAAUACAAGUUGAACCAUGGUCACAGAGGCUAGUCCUGGGAGCAACAGCUGAUUCUGGUGUGGAAGUGUUAGGGCUGCGUGUCGGGGGGGGGCGGGGGGUGGGGCUGGCGUGGUGGCUCACGGGCCGACAAAGAGGCCUGUGGGAGGAGGCGGCGUGGAGACACUCAAAUCACCUGCUCACUCCGAGGUAUCGAGAGCAGUGGAGCUCUGUGACAUGCACACGUACGAUAACAGCCAACAACCCCGUUCUGUGUCACGAACACACUCUGACUGAACGGCAUUUGUUUGAACCCUUUUAAAAUUCAAAGAAAACAGAGCUCACUCUCAUAUUCUCACGCACUCCUCAUAUUUCAUUUUGUAGUUUAUGGUGAAAAAAUAUAAUUUACUUAUCGAAGAAAAUCUCAGUCCUGUGUAACAAAUCAAUCUUAAGUAUGUGGCUGGACCGGGAUGAUCACGCAUUGAUGGUAAUCCAAUUGUUCCAUCUAGUGGAGGGGAAAGAUACAGCAUGUUAGUUACCAGCCUAUUGAGAAACACAUCCUCUAACCUAAAAGCACAUUCAUGAGCCUCUCUCAAAAUAUUUUAGGUUUUUCUCUAUCUUUAUUUUUGAGUGUCUCUAUCCCCCUGCUUGCCGCAGCCUCGGUCCGGUAACACCACAACAGGACACAGAGGAAAACAGCGAAGGGAAAGUGAAUAUUCAAAGCCUUGUCUGGUAGUAAAGCUUCUAUUUUUGUAACAUGUUUUGGUUAACGAACCCACGAAGAAGAGCGAGGGAGAGAAAAAGAAGUCAGGUAGCACUUAACUAUAUUCCUGCAAUAAUUAGACUAGCUGUUGUUUGUACGAUUAGGGGAGAAACAUAAAAAUGUUAGGACAAGUGCUAUUUUCAGAAUGCUUUGUUGUUGUGCUUCUGUUUCGUUGAGUGUGUCUUUCUUGUCAGUGUGGUUAGUAACGUGGUAGGAAAAAAAAAAAAAAACCUGGAUGUGCCAAACAGUAGUCGUUGCUUCUGCUUUCCAGUCUACUUGUCUGUAACGUAGAAUGGAUUCCUAAGACAUUCCAGCAAACUCAGUAGCGGCGUCGAGAGAUAUCGUUGAAAAAAGAAAAACAGGAAAAGAAAAAGAAUUAAAAAAAGAAAACAUUUAAAUAUUAUAUCCCUUUAGAAACCCAACAAAGCAUGUUAACACAUCCGUCACCAACCGUAACAUAGGAUCCAGUUCUUUGUCUUUUGUGUUCUUGUUUGCACACUAUCAUUCCUCUGCCGUGCAAUUUGUGCAAGGUGUUAAUGCCUUGUGCUGUCACCCCUCAGGGAAGAGUUUUCUUUUUUUGUGCUUUGUGUUCGAGAGGACAUUUGUUUGUACUCAUUAGGUUUUGUUUAUGUUUUUGUUCAGGAAUGUUCCACGAGAGGAAACGUUUGAAUAUUCAUCACUGACUUGUUCAGGAUUUUACAUUAUUGAUCCUCUAACGGGGGCCUCCAGCCACUCACAAAAAAAUCAACAACACAGCGCCAAGUAAAAAAAAAUCCCAUCUCAUUUGUAAAAUAUAAAAGUACAAAGCCCAUCAUUUUUCACAAACCGUGGUUUUAUGAGUACACACAGCAUAUUUGUGACACACAAAAAAAAAAUCUGAUUUGGUUUCAAACGGUGUCAUCAGGGUCUUUAAAAAAAAAAAUGUUAACCCUCUUUGUUAGAAAAACCAAAUAUUCUUAUGCAAUACUAAAUCUCUUGUGUUUUGGAUUGUAGUAGAUAUGCUGUACCUAAGUAAUAAUCUCUGUUCUCAUCCAAUGCUAUUUGGAUAUGCACAAGCCCUCUAUAUGACUAGCAAACCUCAGUCUCCCAGAGAAAAAAAAAAAAAGAGAGAGAAACCCGGUCUGGAACCACUGCUAGACAAUCCAGGUUGAGCGGCCCGGCAGGAGCAGCAGAGAGGAGGAGGUGUGAAUGCUCAGGGAGGAUAACAGGUAGACUGACGAAGCAGCUCGCUUUCCUCUCGCCUGUUGCAGAGCAUCGUAAUUAGCUCUUUUGUGAAUUUGUGAGCACUCGACUGAUAGAGGGGAGGUCACGAACAAGCAGUACGACGCUCACUGUUCCGAAAACAUUAGGCUGAUUUCCUGUUAUUUAUUCGCAUAAAGAAAAUGUGCUUUUCUUGAAAGUUGUUCGAUUCCGUACGAGGUUCCUUUCUCAUGAGGUGAAACAUUUGUUUUAAUUCAGGUUUCAAAAGCUGAGCGACUUGUACUAUGUUCUACAAUAGAAAACACACAAUAUGCCUUGUGUUGCAAUUACGGGUCUCUACAGUGCAGUCAUCAUCCUUUUUUGAAUUGACCUUUAUUCACACGGCUGACGCAAACUAAAAAGUAAUAAAACCCCAUUACUCUGUUUUCAUCGUCUUAUGUACUGAUACGGCUGCGGUAGUGGCAGGAAAUGGUCGUCAAACCCAUGAACACUUGUGUCCAAGUAUAAACUGCACCUUCGCACAGGCCUGUAAAGUGAUGUCCUUCUGUAUAUUCUCACUUGAGAGAUCCCGCUCUAAGCAAGGGGUCAAUGCUAAGUGUGCUAUUCAAUCAGUGUAUAGUAUACAGUCAAAUGUGCUGGUCCUUCUGUCUCUGCUCUGUUGUCUUUGUACAAAGCAAUAGUAUGUUUGUGUGAGCGUGUGUGUGUGUGUGUGUGUGUGUGUGUGUAUGUAUGUGUGUGUGUGUGUGUAUUUGUGAAUAAAAUAAACCCCAGACAAGGCUUUAAUAAUUACAGAGGAACAGGGUUAUGUGGAUGAGGAGGUCUUGAUUUUAUUUUAUUUUUUAAAUAAAGGUUUUGGAAAAUG